AUGUUGCGCCACAGCAGUCGGCUUCUUGUGCGAUUGCCCAAGUGCCGCCGUCCACGUGAGCGGCCGUGGGAGAUCUUCAACGUGCGCGAUUUUGGCUAUCAUGAGGGAUCGCAAAACUACAUGAUGUGGCUUGGUACGGCGGUUAUCGUCACCUCAAUGCUGACCUUCGAGGUGUAUCAGCAGGUCCAGCGCAUCUUUCAGCGCGGCGACACCUGCACCGCCUGUGAGGCUGCACGAGCGCACUACCGGAAGCGUGUCGAGGAGCGGGGGCGUGAGAUGGAGGCUCAGACGCAGUACAGCCUGAAGCUGGGCAGAGAGCAUGCGCCAUAG